AUUUUUCCUACCGUUAUUUUAAGAGUUAAUUUCAUAAACUGAUCUUGUUUUAUUGUCAACUCGAUGAAUCAUGUACCAUUUGUAGUUAUUGAAAAUUUAGUGUAACUUGUAGAGAACCGAGUUUUCCAUAAGGUAAACAAAGGAUAAACUAUACUUUAUUUCUAUUGUAGAAACACGAUAGUUUCAGAGGUAAAAUAGCGAAACACUAAAUUGAAUUAUCAGAUUACUGAUAACUUUUACAAAAUAGCUGCCAACAAUUUUGAUAAUCCAAAUCAUCAAAAUAGAAAGCUGAAAAAAUUGAAUGAUAAGUUUUCUUUUAUAUUUUUAUAAAUAAUUAAUGAGAAGAAAUGUAAGUUUCAUAAUCUGAUCAAUACUCAGUAAAAUCGUUCUAUAACUGAACUAAUACAAAUUUGAGGUCACUGAUAAGGCGAUCUUAUCAUUGACUUUAUAAUAAUGAGAAAAAAUUGAGUAUAUUUAACAUAGAAAAACUAUAAUUGAAGAAAAAAUAUCUAAGUAUUUUCCUCAAUGUUUAAUAUAAAUACAACUUGGAUUAAAUUUUUGCCUAUUACACUCCAGGCCAUCAGAAAAACUAACUCUUUGAAAAUAACAUAGGCUAAAUAGGAAUAAAUUACUCACUGAAUUUAAUUAAUUGCUAAAAAUGUUUAUCAAAUUAUUUUAUCUAACUAUUCUCAAUGGUAUAUUUCAAUCGGCUCAUUCGUCAAUAAAUAGUAAACUGCCAUGUCCACGAAUAGAAUAUGUCACUGAAAAUGGGACGCGACAAAUAUCAGACGUGGAUGGUUUCUUCCCAUUUGUAACUGAAAUGAUACAACAGAAAAUGGAAGGAGUUUAUUUGCAUUUAUACGGAGAUGAAGGCGAUAAACUCAGUUCAGUGUAUUACAUUCGUUGUGACAAAUCUGAGAUACAUUUGACUCUAUCAGAUCUAGCUGAAGUAACAAAUAAGCUUCUUAUGGAAAAAGAAGCAGGUCGUUCAUUGUUUCAUUUUGCUAUCAAUAACUGCCCAAAUUUUGAAGGUGGCAUGAAGCAAUUUCUAUUGAAAUCACAAAUUCAGCUCUGUUACUUUCCCCCGGAAUCAAUUUAAGACUUUGAGUAUAGUUAUAAUUUGGAAAUUUUAUUUUAAGUUUAAAUU